GCUCCGCAUUUGCCACCCCCUUACCCAAUCUACGGGCUGUAGUUCUGCCAACGCAGACCGCCCAAGAGAUCGUGCCAUCCCCGUAUGGGUAUUUCCUUGCCUUAGAGGCUCGCUGCCCAGGAGUCUGGUGCGUCCCCCUGCUCAUUCUCCACGAUUUCUGUCGAUCACCCCAGAAAACAACAAACUUUCCUCGCAGAGCGCGCCCGUCUCCGUCUCCCACGACAGCCUACUCCAUACGUAUUACGCCAGCCAAUACCCACGCGACCAUGUCAUCCAGAAUCUUCUCUCCCGGCGCGCGCGCGCUGGCUCAGGCUUCGGCCGCCUUCCGCAGCGGCCGUACCUUCCAGACGACGUCGCGGCGAUUUGAUGCUGGCGCUAUCCCGCUGCCAGCCCGCAAGCCCGUCGGCGCCUUUCGCGGAGGCCUCUUCGGAUUCCUCCUGGGCACGACGUUGGCCGGUAGUGGUGUCUACUACUACGUCCUGCAGGAGUACAAGGCGUCCAACGAGCUGCUGACAGAGGAUAUCUACGUGCGUUAUUGCAUCUAAACGCUUUCCUCUUUCAUUUUGGCAUCGAAAAACCACACAGCACGGCACCUAUAGACACAUCAUCUCAAUCUGCAAGCUUCAGUUCAGCGAUUGAGCACCUACUUGACAAAUCUAGAGGAACGGAUAGAGGCCACGGAACGUAAAAAGAAAUAGAGGGACAGGGAAAAAACAGAACGGCGUCUACGAAGGGAUAGGAUGACCGGAAAACACCACAGUUGGCUGGUUGACACCGGGAUGGCCUGAGGGUAAUAGGUCUGGCGGCUCCCAAGACUGAAACAAUUAACGGAAGGCAGGCAUCUACCAUUCGUAGCAAUCGAGGCUGUAAUUGCUGGAACAAAGAGGUUGUCCGAUAUGUGUUUGCGCUCAAGGUCAAGCUCUUGGCACCAUGCUGAUCCGAGAUCGUGAAGCCG